CAACAAUCAUAAGAACACGGCCUUCUCAAUACAUCAUAUCUUUGUUUAGAAAAGAAAUUUUAGUAUAAAGAAAUAUGUUUGGUAGUUUAUGUUAUGUCCUGUCCGUACUAAUGAUGGUGAAAAUUGUUUCACCGAAUGCUAUUAGGAAAGCGCUGUCUCAAGAAUACCCGAGAAUUAGUGAAUGGCAAAAAAUGACGCAUCAUCCUAUCUGUAUCAAAGCGCGUUUUGAUGAAUACGCGACACUUCGACAUCAUGGAAAACCUGGCUUUUUGGCUGCCGUGAAAUUUGUACAUUCCUCCGGACACAUAAGGUGUCACAAUGCUAAGGUACAUAACUCGAACUGGGGUUGUAGUCACACAGUACAAUCGAACCUUGGGAUUUUUCUGACUGACUGGAAAAACCAUGUGAUAUUUCCAACAAAAGCGCAAGCGGAAUUCGCUGCGCAGAGACAAUGGUGGUACGGAAUGGCAGGCUAUGAUUCUACGUCUCCCGAAUUGGUCAUGUCGAAUUUUGCUAAUCCGAUCUAUCUGAACGAAGAUCAGAGAUUGCGGCUUUGGUACGGCGAAGAUCUUUUUGAUCGCAGCGAGGAAGACAAUCAUGGCAAAGUUUGCAUGCAUAUUUAUGGUUACUUCUUGUAAAUUAUUUCGUUGACGAGUUUUUGAUUUGUAUCCUUUUAUGAAAUCAAUAUUAAAUUGUUUUUCUUUGGU